AUGCGAAAACGGGAAGAACCUUACGUCAAGUUGGCUUGUACUAGUUGUAAGAAGGCGCAUGCAAAGUGCUCAGGUCAUUCGAUAUGUGAAAGGUGCAUCAAUAGAAAUUUAAUAUGCGAAUAUGAACAAUCUGGCAGAAAACGUGGACCUAAAUCAAAGAAACAAA